UUCGGAAUUGUACUUAUACCUUGCUGUUCGUACUGAUUUAAUCUUCAGUCUUCAGUUCUGCCGGUAGUGUAACAAACAGUUCAAGUGAUAACUGUCGGUGUUUGUAAAUAUCAUUACAAAUAAUAAUCGGCGUCAGUUCAACUUCGUGUCUAAUGAAAAAAUAUAGUGCUCCCUUGAAUUGAUAGACGAAAAAAAGGCUACAGUCGGCUGACGCAGGAAUUACCCGUUCGCAAUGUGCUGACCAGUUGUGAUGACCACUGGUAGCCAAUUAGUAUAGUUUUAACGUAUUCCUGGUCGAUCGGAACGCCCGGAGCAGGUGACGGGAAUUUGUUCGUCUAUUCCCAGUUAAGCGUAAAUAUUUGCGGUUGCGGGAAACUGUCAGUCGGGUUUUCGGAUUUCAGCAGCUGGACGCGCGACAUUUCAGCGGCGGUGUUUCACCUGACAGACAGAGAGGAUCACAAGUUAAUUACUGCAUUUGCAGCACCUCUAAGUUGGUGAUUAGGUGUUUAAUUAAAAUGAAAACCUUAACAGCAGCGGUCAUAGUCGCUGCGUAUGUCAUCACCAGCAUUGUUGCCGGCCGGCCGCGGUUUGCAGGAUUGUCAUACAACUCAACCUGCUCGAGCCCUUACAAUCAGGACGGUAGGUGCAUUUUUGUUGGGGAAUGCGAAAUCAUAGUGGCAAUUUUACGGAAGGAAACCCUCACAAAUGACGAUGUGGCCUUUCUGUACCUAAGUGAGUGCGGCCGGACGGAUGGGAAAAGUUUAGUGUGCUGCCCGAGUUACUCCAUCGUUAACGGUACCUCGACAGCCAGCGAUGGUUUGGCUUCGUUUGGAACGGAAAACCGCGUGGACCAAACCGCCGGUAACGAAAUCGACCGCGGAAAUUGGGGGUUACUUCCGACACCAGGCGAGUGUGGAAUUCAACCUAGCUAUCAGCAGUUUGGUGAAAACGUAACGAAACUAGACGAACAACCUUGGACGGCUUUGAUUCAUUUCGGCAAUAAGCCUUAUGAAACUGAAUUCGAGUGCGGAGGGGUUCUUAUCAGCUCUCGCUAUGUCCUUACGGCAGGUCAUUGUGUUUCAGAUCGGAUGAAUUGGUCCAAUUUAACCGUACGUUUGGGUGAAUGGGACACCGAAUCUACCGUGGACUGUAUUGCAAUUGAAGGCAACGAGGAGUUCUAUUGCGCCGAUCCGGCCAUAGAUGUCGCGGUGGAGAAAGUGCUCGUUCAUGAGCAGUAUACGCGUCAUCAUCAACCCCAACUGAACGAUAUUGCUCUGCUGCGAUUGGUUGAACCGGUGAACACAACCAACUGGAUUAGACCGGUUUGUCUUCCGGAGCAGCCGAUAGUGCCGAAAAGUGAUGAACAAAUUUUCAUCCUAGCUGGAUGGGGCAAUAAUGGAUGCGGUUAUAAUAGUCGCUACAAAACUCGAUCCAAACUGACCGCAUUGAGUCCGACCCAGUGUAAACAGCAUUUACCUAGCGGUUUCCGUAGGACACAGGACUACUUGUGUACGGCUCCAGUCGAGGAAGGUGGCCGGUGUCAUGCGGAUUCCGGGGGAGCGUUAACCAGUACCAAAGAGGUUCCGAACGUCGGAGUGGUGCAUGAAGUUGCGGGAAUAUUGAACGACAUGAAAGAAUGUCACGUGAACCGACCCGUCGGUAUUUUCACCAGCGUAAAUCAGUAUGUUAACUGGAUUGUCAGUAAACUGGAGAAAUAAACAAAAACCCUCAUCACGCAACGGUAUUGCCUCCGAAA